GGAAGCGGAAGAGUCAGCUCUUUCCGCUGCUGCUGCCGUCCUUCCUGAGAUUGCAACCCCCCCCUCCCCUUCCCGUGACAGCAGCGACAGCCGGGUCUGUGCUCUUCUCCUGCCCCUGUCCUGUACUCCCCCACCGGGGAAAGGAGGUCCGGCCGCCAGCGCUGCGCCCGUCUCGUACACCCCGUGUCCCGGGAGAGCCGCCACAGGUGAGACAUGUUUUGGAAGUUUGACCUGCACACGAGUUCGCACGUGGACACGCUGCUGGAGAGAGAGAACAUUACUCUCUUUGAACUGCUGGAUGAGGAAGAUGUGCUCCAAGAGUGCAAAGUGGUCAAUCGCAAGCUGGUGGAAUUCCUGGUCCAGCCGCAGCACAUGGAGGAACUGGUCACCUGCAUCACCCUGGAGCCGUCCGGUGAUGUGGAUGAGAAGCUGCGCUAUAAGUAUCCCAGUGUAUCAUGUGAGAUACUUACAGCAGAUGUAACACAAAUCAAUGAUGCCUUAGGAGAAGAUGAGUCUUUACUGAAGCGUCUGUAUAGCUUCUUACAAAAUGAAGACGACUUGAAUCCCUUGCUAGCCAGCUUCUUCAGCAAAGUUAUGGGAAUCCUCAUUAACCGCAAGACAGAGCAGAUUAUAGCUUUUCUACAUAAGAAGGAUGACUUUGUAAACCUGUUGCUGCGACACAUAGGCACAUCAGCGAUUAUGGAUCUGUUACUGCGGCUCCUGACCUGUGUGGAGCAACCUCAGCUGAGGCAGGAUGUAUUCAAUUGGCUUAAUGAAGAAAAAAUUGUUCAGAGGCUCAUUGAAAUGAUUCAUCCUUCAAAAGACGACAAUCAACAUUCCAAUGCUUCACAGUCGCUGUGCGAUAUUAUUCGACUGAGCCGUGAGCAGAUGAUCCAGAUUCAGGAUAGUCCUGAGCCUGACCAGUUACUGGCUACUCUGGAGAAGCAGGAGACUAUUAAGCAGCUUCUUAGCAACUUGUUUGAAGGAGAUCAUAACGAGUCUGUGAUUGUUAAUGGUAUCCAAGUACUUCUAACUUUAUUGGAACCACGAAGGCCAAGAGCUGAACUCGGAGGGCUGAAUGCUUUCUACUGUAAUUUAGAGGGUCAAUUGGAGAUUAAUCCUCCUAGUAUAGACUCUUCCAGUACCCAGGCCAGCUUGGGCACCUUGUUGGCCAUCAAGCAGAGUUUAAAAGACUUUCAUCAGCUCCUCAUUGACCCUCCUAAGAAAGAAAGCUUGCAGACAACUUGGGGAGUCCUUGAUCCACCCUUGGGGAACACUCGCCUCCAUGUGGUGAAAUUGCUUUCCAGUGCAGUUAAUGCAAACAACAGGGCUCUAAACCAAGAGCUGGUCGAGCUAGAUGCAGUCAACACCAUGCUGAAUUUGUACUUCAAGUACAUGUACAACAAUUUUUUACACUCUCAAGUUGAGGCGUGCAUCACCACAAUUUUGAAUUCAAGUUCGAUUGAAGAUACCAACGAGAGCAAUGCGGAGGAGAACUUGCUUGUCAAAUAUCUUCUACAGGAAUGCCAGCUUGUGCAGAGGAUACUGUCAGCAUGGGAAGAUAAUGAGAAAGAACAGGCAGAAGGUGGGCGGAGGAAAGGCUUUAUGGGUCAUCUCACCAAAAUAGCAAAUUCACUGGUGCAGAGUUCAGAAAAGGGUCCUAACACUGCUUUCAUUAGUCAGCUACUUAAAGAACUUCCAGAUGAACAGCAGGAGCGGUGGGAAAGCUUCAUCUCAGGAUCUCUUACAGAUAUUAACAAGAAAAACACCAUAGACCUUGUAAAUACAAGAAAUAUGCACUCCUCCAGUGAUGAUGAAGACAGUGACCUGAAGGAAUUUAAUUUUCCUCAAGAGGCAGUUCUCCAGCAGGCUUUUGUUGAUUACCAGAUGCAGCAGAUGACCUCUGCUUUCAUAGAUCACUUUGGGUUCAACGAUGAGGAGUUUGGAGAACAAGAAGAGAGUGUCAAUGCUCACUUUCGACAGCUGAAGAGUGCUCCUUUUGAUAAAACCGCUAACAUCACAUUUUCGCUGAAUGCUGAUGAAGAAAGCCCGAAUUCUAAUUUGUUUGAGAUUUGCUACAAAGAGCGCAUUCAGCAAUUUGAUGAUGAUGAAGAUGAAGGCUCAGAUGGAGAGGAUAUCUGGCAGGAGAAAGAGAUGCGGUUUUCUUCAGGGACGAUGCAGAGUACUGGCACAAGGAGCUGUGGAAGCACAGACAGUGAAGAUAGUCGGGAUUCCGAUGAAGAGGAGGAGGAUUCUGGUGGUGGUGCCAGUAGUAGUAAUCCCUCAACAACAGAUCCGCCACCUGAAACGUCAGAAGAACCUGGCUGGACAGCAACCUUUGAUUCCACAUGUACAGAUGCCUCAGUCUCUCAGUCGGAUACUUCAGAAGAUACCGGUUCGUCAGUGUGGGCAGAGAAUGUACCUAAUAACAGUAGUGAAGAGGUCUGGGUUGACUUUACAGAUCACAGUAAACAGACGAGAUCCAAGCCAACAACCCCUGCAGAAAUGCCUGCAGAAUCAGAAAACCGUUUAGCUCAGGAAGUAAAUAACGGUAAAGCUUCUGAUAAGUCUAUAAAAGAAGAAACCAUGAACACCUCAGCCACACUGGGUAUCUCCCAGGAGGGUCUAGCAGCUCCACAGUGUUCUGCUGCAGAAACGGGUACAAUAACACCAUCUUCCAGUGAAUCUGGGGAUGAAACCACAUGCACGUUGACUUUAAAUGGUGAAACUGCAGAGCCUGUGACGCAAGAUGAAACUGUGACAGAAGAUACUAACAGGGUGGAAGAUAGAGCCCCAUCUACCUCACAGAUGGAUAGCAUUGCAGAGUCUAAACAACAGAGCUUGGAAUUAACAAACGACACUUUAGAUAAGAACUCUAACAAAAACCAGACAGAAAUCCGGUAAACGUUGUCCCCUAAUCUGGCAUCAGAAAUAUGACUGAACAUCCAAAGAUCUGCAUUAAGUAUACGUAUGGAUUUUAAACAAGGACAAAGACCAAGCCUCCGUCUCCGUACAAGAAAGUUUGAGAGACAAACCCAGAAUCCGCUGUAAUCCAUUGUAUACGAGAAGAUUGUGAAAGCAAGAGACAAACGAUACUAUUUUUUGCACUGAACGUUAAUAGCAUAUAUGUGUUUGUGUAUGUAUGUGCAUAUAUAUAUGUAGCAUAUUAUAUGUACACACAUCUGUCUCACACAUGCUUUUAUAUAUAUUUAUAUAUGAAAGUGGCAACGGUAAAUACAAAGAAAACCGAAAUUAAUGAAAUCUAAAUUAUAUAGAAACUUUAUUUUACUCUCUUUGAAUGGCAGGUGACGCCACAGACUUAAGCACAAUAAGUCAAAACCAAAUCUUUAUUUUUUUUUUUUUUUUUUUUUUUUAUAUUCUUACUCUUCCCCACUUGAAAUAGAAUAAAAAAAAAAUGUCUAUGCAGUAAUUGGCCCGUGGAUGUAAUGCCUCGGCUGGAUUAUUGUCCUUGUCAGGCGUAGUUGUGUAAUUCCAUCUUAUUGUCAAUUGCCUCUGAUUAAAACGUUAACUUUUUUUUUUUUUUCUCUCCCCCAAUGUCCGACCCAUUUAUAUUCUAAACCAUGAGCAUCUGAUUUUGUUUGCCAUAAUAGCUUUUCUGUAAAGUGGUUACCAAAAAAAUCCUCCUACAAUGAGAAAAAUCUCCUAAGUUGUUAGAUUCUCAGUAAUAAUAUUAGCAGUGCCUUAUUGUCAUCCCAUAAACGUGUAACCCAUUAAACUGUACUAGGAAUGACAUGACCCAGUCUAUGUGUAUAUUGUGCAUCCUGAAAAGGUAUUUGGCCUUCAUUUCAGUCUUUUGCAGCUAACUCUGGUUCGCAGACAUUUGCACAGAUCCUGUCGUCUGCUUCAGAGCUUAAGUGGUGAUCUGGGGUUCUGCCAGGCGGCUACACCAAACCUGUCCCCAACAAGUGCUUCAGACACUGGCACUAUACAUUGCCAGCCCACAGACUCAAUGUGUCCUGACUGAUAAAGGGUCACGUUGAUUUUGUUCAAACGGAUCUGUACAAGUUAACCCCUAAAAGGCUGGGCCACUUUAUACAGCUACUUGUACAGAUACUGCCCUUGGUGUCUGCCAGUUAUAGGUGUGUAAAGAGCACUUGCCUCAUUACAGGAAUACUUUCAUCUCUUCUGAGACGCUAUAAAAUCUGUAGUAGUGUCCAAGCAGGAAAGUGAUAAAAAAUGGUGUCAGUCACCAGCCAAGCCAGUAGUUAUGUGAAAGCCUGUCUGUAAGCUGUUCGGUGUCCGGAAGCCUGUCCCUUUAUAGAUCGUUGGAGAAUUGAAUUCCCUAGGUAUUUCUAAAUUAGAAGCACAUUUUAAAGAAUACCGGUCACUCCUUCUGAAAUGUCUGUGUUGGUAGACACUUAAAGGGGUUGUGCAGCGAUUCAUAUUGAUGACCUAUCCGUACGAUAGGUAAUCAGUAUCUGAUCGGUGGCUGUCAAUCAGCUGUUUGAAGAACACUUCUAGGAACGGCAGUGUAAUGACGAGUACUUGCGCCAUUCACUUGUACUUACACUAUGCCGCCGCUCCACAAGGGGAGACGCGUAGUGUAGCGACCAGGAAAACAGCUGAUUGGUGGGGGUGUCGGACCCUGCAGAUCGAAUAUUGAUGACCUAUGCCGCAGAUCACCCGAUGAACAACCAAAAUAAUGAAUCAUACGGACACUAAAAUCAUCGUUUCUUGGCAGCGGAUUGUGGUGUCUAAACAGCACCAUGUUGCCCAGAACCAAUACAGUUGUAUGAGGCCGAGCAAUGGCAGUACCCAGGAGGUGAUUUCUACAUGUAAAUGCAGCGCUUCACUUCCACUGACGAGCAGCCAGAUGUCAGGAAAGAACACUUCCUUCCCGACAGCUGUGUGCCGCAGCACUAUAUUCCCUAUGAAUUUACAAUUUUGAGGCAUCUUUUGUUAGGUGUCUGUGGUAUUCCUGUUAUUCCUCCUGGAAAUCAAUAGGUUAACAGUCGCCCUUGUCACUCGGGACAUGUCCCUUCGGUGCUGGCAUUCUAAGUGGAUAGUAAGAAUGGUACCUUUAUCAAUGCAUUGUUUUCUUCUCCAGGAGGAUUGGCAGGUGCAGAUGCUCUAGAAUUAUUUCCUAGGGAAUAAGACUUUAUUAAAACAGACAUGUCAGGAUCAGAUGGACCCCCUAUAAAUGUAAAAUUCAAUAUUUAUUGCAAUAUACUGUAGGCCAGACAAUGACCUCUGAUGGCCAGUGGACAUACAUGAAGGUAGUACAUAUCUGAUCUAUUAUUUGUGCUAACUAUAAAGCAAUAAUGUGCAUGCCCAUUUUUAGUUGGGUUCACAUGUUCUGUUUCCUAUGGAGUUGACGCGGUAUGUAUACUUCUGCAGAGGCACUUUACUUCAUGCCUAUAUGCUGUGUGAUAGUGUCACCAGUCAUGCCCAUGUCUUUGUCCAUCAUAUGUAAGCUGAAUUCUGUUGCAGUGCUAUUUACCAGCCUUUACUUCUGUUCUGUAGCCUAGCUGGUAGUCCCUAUUCUAAUGCAGUCCUUUACCCUAUGUCAGCUAAUGGCCCAUUUCAAAGAUAUAAAUGUGAAUGGGUAAGGAAGAAACUGGGUUCCUGAGUUCAAGAACUCAUAAGGCCCCAGUGGGCAAUUAACAAAGGUUAGACUUUUUAUAUAGAGUAUAACUUUGCAGUAUGACCUCAGUACUCUACUUAAAACGUGUUUUUGUGACUAUUGCUUGAUGUGUGCCUUCCAUUGAUUUCAAUAGAGAAGUGGUGGAAACUGUGCUAUCAACUCCCUACUGAAAACAUGGACUAGGACCUUUCAUUCUUACUAUCGGUGGUGGUCCAAGAGUUGACCUUGACAGAUGUGCAGUAGCCAGGAAAUUCCCUUGAAUUCUCAUUCUGUAUAGUAUAAGCUAUCAUUAUGAUUUUAUGGACCACUGUGACUCUAGGAUCACAAGUAUUCUUAUUGGGUUGUUGGGUGGGGUUCAUUUUUUAUUUUUAUUUGCUUUUUUUUUCCUGUUGCUUUAUGUAUGUUCAGUUACAAAGAAAACCAUGUCCUAAUAUUCCCUAUGGUGUAUGGGCAGUGGAUUGUUAGAGGUCCUCUACCAAAAAUACAGUGUUAAAUACUGUAAAAAAAAAAAAAAAAAAAAAAGCUAAUACUUGUAAUCCCCAUGAAGUAAUUCUUAGAACUUUGCAUUGUAGCAUCCCUCUGUUACCCCCCCAGGAAACUGUACACAAAAAAAAUGACAACUGUCUCUAUACUGUCAGUGCUGAUUGCAUAGUGUCAGACUGUGCGAAAGCCCCUAAACUUGUAAUACUUAGUUGUUGGUUUAUUUAGGAAUAGCAGAGGACCAGUAGAACAGAAAGUUCUGAGAAAAGAUGCUCUAGAUUUGUCCUUUCAUGUGGAAUAAAAGUAUUUAGUAAAAUAGACAUGUCAGGAGAGGUGACAGGCCCCCUCUAAAUUCCUUCAUGCCUUUUUGUCCUUUCUCUGCUGUCACUUCCAUGGCAAUUCUGCCUUUUCCUGAAGACCUUAGUAAUCUGAGAUAGACCGGUUGCCAAAAAUCCUUCCAUAUGGCACUGAAAACUGGUUAAUCUAUGUAUCCAUGGCAACUGUCUUGUCAGAUAUGACGGGCAUCAUUGACACUGUCUUGACAACUCAGGCUGCACUUAAAGUAGUUGUCUGAUUUUCAUGAGGAAACCGGACAACCCCCCGAAUCCUUCUGCUAUAAAGAACCAUUAAGUACUUGCCCAACAGAUCCCGCACCGCCGCUCCAGUUCUCCCAGUCGGGCUCCAUUUAUCCAGCUGCAAUGGUAAUGUCACAUCGACAACACGUGACUGCUGCAGCCCCUCAGCAGUUAACCUGUCAAGGCCAGUGGCUGCCUGCAGUGGGGGAAGUGUUGUCAACAUGGUGUGGAUCUGUCUGGUAAAUACUAACCAUCACCAGUUCUUUCUUGCAGGCGGAUCCCAAGGCUUGUCAGGUUUCCUCCUGAAAGUGACCAAACGUUUGAAAGGUUUUAUCUGUGAGAUGGGAAUAUAGGUGUUCAGCACCGUUUAAUUAUUGAACAUUUUUAAAGGGAUUACCCGGGACUAUUUUAUACUUCUUUCCAGUUCAAUCCCAAACCUGAGUUUGGCCACAUUUUGAACAGUCAAAUCAACUGAUCCCAGAAGCAGCAACCAACCAGCCAGGUCUGUCCCCUGCAGCAGCCGCAGGGGAAAUGUAGGAUUGCAUUGUGGCUGCCUUUAUAAUAGAAGAACUGCUGCCAGAACAGGAGCCAGUUAUACAGAGGGCUCUCGAGGGUGUCCUAAGCGGGAGACAUCCUCUAUGAUGUCCAUAUGCCCUAGCUGGGAUUAUAGACAAGAAGUAGUCUUCACGAGACAACCCUUAUAAAGCUGUACACCUUUGUGUAAAUAGACAUGUCCAUAUACCAACCUAUGUGUGUAAUAAACUGAGCAAAUGCGGACCUCCAGUUCCACACUCGGCCACUGUAUGGGAAAAUAGAGGACAUUACAGUGCAUUAUAUGGCAUCAAUUUCUUAAAUCCGGUGAACCCUUUUAAAGGGAGUCUGCCAUCAGCAACUUCGCUAUGAGUCCAACUGUGCCAUUUUGUAGAGAUCUGGGGUUCCAUUGCAGGCUUACUUGAAAUAUGCAAAUGAUGCCAUUAGUGCCAUGAGAGUGGUGGCACAGAAGCUUUGCUACAUUCAUUGCUUAGCCCUUCACGAAAUCUCACUUGGACCUGUCAAUCUGAAGGAAGGGCUAGGCAACUGAAUGGAGAAGAGGUUCUGUGCCGUACUAAAGGCAUCAUUUGCAUAAGACUAUAGGGAUGGCACAGUUGAAAUCAGGUGAUCGAAGCCCAUCUGGCACCAUGCUUGGUUUUCAAAGCAAUAAUGCCAAUGACUCACUUUAAAACAACCACUAAAAAUGUAGAACUACCUUUUGUGCCCCAGAACACAGCGAUUUAUCCUUCUGUCACACAUCACUGAACUAAUGCAGAUGAGGGAUUAGGCAAUGGUGCUGUAGCUAUCGGCAGUGGGUUCGAUUUUUUUAUUUAUUUUUUCAGUUGUAAUAAAUCAGCAUUUUAAUUUGAAUGUGCCUUUCACUGGCCCUGUGUGGUCGGUGCAUGUCGACUGUCCAUGUAGUUACUUCCAGAGAAACACCAUAAUGGUAGAAGUGUAAACCUUGUUGUGUAUCCACCUUGCUAUCCGAUGCCUUCCCCAGCAUUUAUGUGAAGUCAUUAUGCCACUUAGCAGCAGGUCGGGAUUGUUCAUUUUUUUAAUUAAAAACAAAAUGUUAAAAAAAUGAUUUCAAAUAUAUCAGAUAAUUUAUAUAUUUUCUUUUGCAACUUUGAGAAUAUUUUAAAUGUGUCCCUUAUUUUUUUUCUUUGCUGGAAAGAAAAAUAAAUUAUACAUAUACUUGCUUACAGUGUAUAUGUAUUUUAUGUUUUGUGUGUUUGUGUUUAUAUGAGAGUUUGGGUAAUAAUUUAAAGAAGUUUUCUGGGUGUUUGAUAUUCAUGGCGUAGGGAUCUGGCUUCUGUCACUGCCACCGAUCAGCUGUUUAAACAGACAGCUGCACAAGGAUGAGCGCGCAUACCACACACAACGCCGUGCAUUGUAUAGCGGCUGUGCUUUGUAUCGCAGCCCACGCACAUUCACUCUAAGAGGCCAUGUGAUAGAGGAAUGUGACAUCACAGGCCUAGGAAGAGGCUGUGGCGCUCACAGGAGUGCUGCAACCUCUUCAGUCAGCUGAUCGGUGGGGUGCCUGGAGUCACAUCCCCACCAAUCAGAUAUUGAUGACCUAAACUGAGAAUAGUCCAUGAAUAUCGAAUUCCCAGCAAAACCUCUGUAAAGAUGAAUAUUCAGAGGGCAAUGCAUAAUUCACAUAAACUAUGUUGUAUUAGGGCGUGAUUAUGAGACAAAUGCAUUUUAAACCAGGGCCCCUAAAGAUUUAACCAAGUGGGCGGAGUUUGGAGAUUUUAUACCACUUUCAUGUUAGUGAAUGGUAAUGAACUGGUUGUAAAGUGCUAUAUGAAUAAACGUUAUUAUAUGCUUA